GGGCAGGAGAGUUAAUACUUGUGCAGGUGAGGCUGAGACGGCUUUGGGGCACCUUGACUCCAAAGCCCGAAGCCGCACAUGCGGGGUUCUUUUUUCUCGCGGCUUCCGCCGCAACUCUCUCUGCUGCUGCUGCUGUCGUUGAGGCGAGUCUGGACCCAGGAGGAUAUUGGAACUGCCCCUUCUAAAUCCCCGGUGGCCCCCGAAUGCCCCGAGGCAUGUUCAUGUUCACUAGGCGGCAAGGCCAAUUGCUCCGCACUCGCGCUGCCUGCGGUACCAGCGGACCUGAGCUGGCAAGUACGCUCACUGCUGCUGGAUCACAAUCGCGUGAGCGCGCUGCCUCCGGGUGCCUUCGCCAAUGCAGGCGCGCUGCUAUACCUAGAUCUGAGGGAGAACCGGCUUCGGUCGGUGCACGCACGAGCUUUCUGGGGUCUGGGAGUGUUGCAAUGGCUGGACCUGAGCUCCAACCAGCUGGAAACUCUGCCUCCUGGCACCUUCGCGCCGCUGCGCGCGCUUAGUUUCCUCUCCCUAGCGGGUAACCGGCUGGCACUCCUGGAGCCUUCGAUCCUGGGCCCGCUUCCAUUACUGCGAGUGCUCAGCCUGCAGGACAAUUCACUAUCGGCAAUCGAGGCGGGUUUGCUGAAUAACUUGCCUGCCCUCGAUGUGUUGCGCUUGCAUGGCAACCCCUGGACGUGCAACUGUGCGCUGCGUCCCCUUUGCACUUGGCUGCGUAAGCACCCGCGUCCAGCCUCAGAAACUGAGACCCUGCUCUGCGUGUCUCCAAGACUCCAGACGCUCAGCCUACUGACAGCUUUUCCGGAUGCCGCCUUCAAACAGUGCACUCAGUCACUAGCAGCGCGAGACCUGGCGGUGGUCUACGCUCUCGGGCCGGUCUCUUUCCUUGCUAGUUUGGCCAUCUGCCUGGCAUUGGGCUCCGUGCUCACUGCUUGUGGUGCACGGCGCCGCCGCCGCCGCCGCACCACGGUGCGCCACUUACUAAGGAGACAGCUAGACCCCGAGGGCCCACCCUCCCUGGAGGAUGCUGGGAGCCCUGUAACAGCAGCUAUCCAAGCCUAAGGGGACUGCAGGUUGUUUCUAGUGCUCCUGAAGUGCCUCCGUACUUUGAGAACUCUCCCCAAAUCCCUGAUCCUCCCUUCACAUUCCCUGUAGGCGUCAACAAUAGACAAAACCCGGAAAUUUUCUGACAUUC